CCUGCGUCUAGCGUCCGCAGUAACUCUCUAGGGUUUGAUAACAUUCUUGAUCUCUCUUUAGAUGAUAACAUAGACACUUAAAUUUAGCUCAGUUUAUAGUGAAUGUUAAUUUUGAGGCAAUUUUCUUCGAAGACAAUAUCGGCGGCUCGGCCUGCUUGUUCCCCGUUCGGGUCAAAGUGGCAAAACGACUAAAUCGAAGCAGCCAGAUCCGAGCAAGUUUAUACCCUCCACUUCAGAAAAAAAUGCCACCAUACUGCCUGACUUGUUGACAAUUAUCAUUAAUUUAAUUUUAGUCCCGAAUCGGGGUUACACUUCGACGUGCCAGCGGCGGCCCGUCUGCUGGCAUGAGCCCCUUUGGGGGCUGGGCCCUAUUGGGGCUCUUGCUGGGCGUAGCGACUCCGGGCAUGCAGGUGCCACACAGGGGCCGUCAUCGUACCGCACCUGAUCCUCCACCACCACCGGAUGCACCUCGAGCUGAGCCCCUACUUAUGGCUAAUACCGGACACAGGGACCCUUUUGAUCCUCACAAGGAUUCUGAAGAGUUUAGAAGAGAUGCUCCUGAUGAUAAACGAGAUUUUGCUGGUAGACACGCCCCGCCAGACGAAGACCCUCUCGUCAUACAGACCAAAAAAGGAAAAGUGAGAGGUAUCACCAUCACAGCUGCCACCGGAAAAAAGGUGGACGCGUGGUUGGGUAUUCCUUACGCCCAGAAACCUCUGGGUUCCUUGCGCUUCAGGCAUCCCAGACCGAUAGAAAGGUGGGAUGGUAUAUUGAACACCACCAAACAACCAAACUCUUGUGUUCAGAUAAUCGACACCCUAUUCGGUGACUUUUCUGGUGCCCAAAUAUGGAACCCCAAUACUCCUUUGAGUGAGGAUUGUUUAUAUAUUAACGUGGUUGUGCCAAGACCGAGACCGACGAAUGCUGCGGUCAUGGUUUGGGUGUUCGGUGGCGGUUUCUAUUCCGGAACUAAUACGCUGGAUGUCUACGACCACAAUAUUUUGGUAUCCGAAGAGAAUAUUAUUUUAGUCUCCAUGCAGUACAGGGUAGCUUCUCUUGGAUUUCUAUAUUUCGGGACCGCGGACGUUCCAGGAAACGCUGGCAUGUUCGACCAGCUGAUGGCCCUACAGUGGGUUCAUGACAACAUAGGCGCAUUCGGGGGCAAUCCCAACAACAUAACCCUGUUUGGAGAGUCGGCGGGUGCUGUGUCUGUUUCGUUGCAUCUUUUAUCCCCCUUAUCGAGGAAUUUAUUUUCACAGGCAAUCAUGCAAUCGGGCAGUGCAACAGCGCCCUGGGCUGUGAUUUCAAGAGAAGAGAGCAUUUUGCGGGGACUGAGAUUGGCAGAAGCUGUCAAAUGUCCCUAUGAUCGUAACGAUCUCUCAGCGGUUCUCGACUGUCUGAAGAGGAAAGACCCUAUUGAACUUGUUAAUAACGAAUGGGGAACUUUAGGAAUAUGCGAAUUUCCAUUCGUGCCCGUAAUAGAUGGGGCGUUUUUGGAUGAACACCCCGUACGCGCCAUGUCGAGUAAAAAUUUCAAAAAGACAAGUAUUCUGAUGGGCUCAAAUACAGAAGAAGGUUACUACUUUAUAAUGUAUUAUCUCACCGAGUUGUUCAGGAAGGAGGAAAACGUAUAUAUUAGCAGACAAGAAUUUGUGCAAUCUGUAGCCGAACUGAACCCCUACGUAGGCCCAGCGGGUCGUCAGGCGAUCGUGUUCGAAUACACGGAUUGGUUAAACCCUGACGAUCCCGUCGCCAACCGAAACGCCCUGGACAAAAUGGUCGGCGACUAUCAGUUCACUUGUAACGUGAACGAAUUUGCUCAUCGGUACGCGGAAACUGGGAACAACGUUUAUAUGUAUUAUUACAAGCAUCGCACGGUUGCAAAUCCAUGGCCUUCGUGGACGGGCGUGAUGCACGCGGAAGAAAUCAAUUACGUGUUCGGCGAACCGCUCAACCCGGCCAAAAGCUACACGGCCCAGGAAGUGGACCUGUCUAAGCGAAUCAUGCGCUACUGGGCCAACUUUGCUAAAACUGGUAACCCGUCUCUUUCACCGAACGGAGUAUGGACUGCCACUUUUUGGCCAUUGCACACGGCCUACGGGAGGGAAUACCUGACCCUCGAUGUUAAUUCCACUGCCACUGGCAGAGGGCCGAGGCUCAAACAGUGCGCCUUUUGGAAAAAAUACCUACCUCAACUGCAGCAGCUCACAAAGGAGUUACAACAAAAUCCAACACCACAGAAUUGUACUAAUCAAGCAACUGCUCUACAUCGAAGUAAGUACACAAGGGACCUAAUCUUAGGCCCUACGAUGUUCCUACUACUCGCCGUUGUCGGUGGCAGUUUGUCGUAGGGUACGCCAGGAAAGUGGAUAAACAUUAGUAUUUGGUGUUAAGAGUAAUUGUGACUGGUUGAUAUUCGAGACAAAUGGGAGAAAAAUGCAAUCGGUUUACUAGAAUUAUGCUUUCACUGUUUAGACGACAGAAACAAGCAUUCGUUUUUGCGCACUACCGAUAAUCGACAUUAUCCGACGGAAGAACAAGCAACGAAAUCUUUCUGCUUGCCAUGGGAAACAUUUUAUCCGAUUUACUAAACAAUUUCGACCAAACAAUAUACAAUAAGUACAAAUUAAGAACAUUUCAAGUUCAAACGAAAAUAUGUACAUAUCAAAAUUUAAGACUUUUUCUACUAUGGAUAAUGUCGAUCGUCUAGAUAACAAAAGUUAUUUAAACAAAUUUUCGUUCUACCAACUGGCUGCAAGCAAAUCAAAGAGUUUUUUUAUCUAUCUGACGAGAAAUCUGCGUCAAAGCGAAACACUUUAAUUGAGUGAUUGAUUAAAAUCAACAUCCAUUUUAUGUUUCGAUAAACGGUGGGCAGAUGGUAAACACCUGCAACACGUGAAAUUAGCACAAAUGUACUAAAUGUACUUGGUUUAGGAUUCAAAUUUAGCAGGAAUUGCCCGAGUUAAAUAGGCCUGUUUUGAUAAUCAUCUACUGACACUUUUACAUUUUUCAGUCAUCUCCGCAUUCUAGACAAUAGUAAUAACGAUGACAUUUGAAAAAUGUCAACUUAAUUUUAACGCGUUCUUGAGCCAUGACUUAAAAAAGUACAACAAAUUAUACUGAAAACAAUUUAUGGAUUUGUCAAACAAUUUAUGGAUUUGUCAAACAAUUUAUGGGGAUUGUCAAUAGAAUGCUACUUUUCGCGAACCUGAAAAUAGUCUAUUUUUACCAAUAUAAUUAUUAGAUUCAAAAAAUAAUUGAGAAAUAUUAAUUAGUAAAUUGCUAAAAACAUAUCGAAUAAAACAAAUCAGUAUCAGUUUUUAAACUAAAUUGCUAACUUCUCAACGUAGUAAUUAAAAUCAUUAAAUUGUUAAAAAUAAAUCAAUCAAAACAUCAAUUUCGUGUUCGGUAUCAAGUUUCAUUCGAUUUGGCCACCGAACCAAUCUCAAUGAGAUUUCGUCGCAACGUCACCGCGUUGCGAAUCCACAAAUAAAUUGGUAUAUAUCGACCAAUGUAACGCAAGUGUCUCCCGAACCCUACUCAUACGUUCGAAUUUAGAAGCGGAUCCAUUAAUUAUGCAGAGCGACAUUCAAUUUCCAGUGGCGCUUCCUAUAAAAAGGCCCAUGCGUUAAAUUUUAAACCGGGUUGAAAGCUAUUUUUGGUAGUGUUGUCCCUAAAAUUGGAUAGAACCAGGGAACGGGUAUAAUCGAUAUGAUUCGGGGGCCCUUUUAUGCCUAAUCCAUAAAUAAUCUAGUUUUACGAUAUACACUGCCCGAAUUGGAAAACUCAUUCAAAUUGUCAACGGUGAGUUGAGAUCGAAUCGUUAAUGGUGUGGAAUAAUUGUGAAUAAUGAGCAUGCACACAUACAUAUACACCAUAGUCAGUACACCUUAAUAGUGACUUUGAAGCCAAUGGAAAUAUGAAUUAGUUUAUAGAAAACUUGAUCUCAAUAAAGCCAGACGCUCAGAUACAGAAACAACGUUUUUUAUUUGACAGGUUUUAGGUUUUCCCUUAGUUUCGAGAGUUAUAUCUUUUUCAAAUAAAUUCCCUCUGAUUAGUUCUCCAACCUUAUUUAUUUUUUCAGUGUUUCGGUGUCACUGUUACUUAGCAAUGUUUCUGUUACCCCCUUUCUUUCACCAGACUUUCGAAUGAUUUAAAUUUACACAUAUCUAGAUUAAGAAACGUCGUUGUUUCUGGGGUGCGAAACUUUAUGCCAUUAUGCUACAACGAACUUUAUUUUGUCCAACUAUAGAACUACAUACAGGUAAAUCAGAAAUAAUUUACUUCGGUAAUCCAAUAAUGGGGGCUAACUAUUGCAGACAUAGAAGACAAAUACAAACACAUAAUAAAUACAUAUGAACGUUAUUUUAAAACAAAGUUUGUGGAUAAUCCAAAAAUAUUGUGAUGCAAAAGCGUGGUAGCCUGAAUCUAUUCAGAAUAACAAAAAUAAAAUAAUGCGCGAUUAUGCGGUGACUUUUUCAAGUGGAAAUAGACAUUUAAAAAUGGCAAACAAAUCAGUUUUGAAAAACAAAUUUUCCGCGCAAAUUGUUAACUAGAUCAAAUAAUCUAGUUGUCAACCGAUUUUGAAUAGUUCGAUGGGAAUUUUAAAACCAAGUACAUUCGUACACGGAAUUUUUAUACAGGAAUUCGACCAAAUAUCUCGUUUGCGGCCAGUAAUUCUAAAGACGUCAUAUUACAAAGUAUAUUGCCAAAUAAGUACCUAUUUCAUAAAAACAGUCCUUCGCUAUUGAAUCUCUUCGCUGCCUUAUAAAUAAAAAAAAAUUACAAACAUAAGUGACAAAUAACUACCUUGUAACCCUCUAUCCUAGUUAUUAGAAUAGUGACUUCUAGUGCCUCUGCGUUUGUAGUAUUAGUGCAUUGAGACGUUGAAAGUUGUUUAUUAUUUGCAUCGUGAAUUUAAACUUUGUAGUCGCUCAAACGUUUCCAUCCCCACCUGUACCCGCAAAACAAAUAUGAACGUCUCGAUGUACCAUUUUUCCGUAACUUUUAAGCUGUUCCCCGCAACUUACCACUUAAAACGUACAUAUCCACUGAUGGUGCGAAAAAGGUACCUUUAUGAAAAGCGAAUUAGAUUCCCACAUUGUAUAUAAUUGUAAACUCAUAUUUACGUGUAGAUCUUUGGUCAGAUUUUGUUCCACAUUUAAGCUGUCAAAUCCCAAUAGAUAGUCUAGCUGCUCUAAUUUUUUCUUCCUGGUUUAACUCAAUCUAAGUCUUAGGCCAUUAAACACCAUAGGCACGAGUGUGGGAUUUGCCAAAAUUAUAUAUUUUAUUAUUUCACGUGCCAAAUUUUGUUAAACCGGCUUUACGUAAUUUAAUAAUUUUCCCAUCGAAAUGCGUGGCUUUUAUAAUAUUUUUCGCAUUCAAACAAAUUCCCCAUAUAAUUAUUGCUACCCCUUCCAUGAUCUAAGGCCUAAGCUGAGUUUGAAAAGGGUGUAGGUAAAUGUUCGAUGUUUCACGAGCAGCAAAUGAACAAUCUGCUUGGAUGGUUUGUAUUAAAUUGAUUUUAUUAUACAGUGUGCCCAACUAAGUCGGCACCAUAUGCAAAAAUUUUUUAUUCAUAAUUUUAAGAAAAAGUUAUACUUAAUGAAAAAUUCUGCGCGGCCUAAAACUUAAUAUAAUAUUUUAUAUAUUAAGAUAUUUUUUUUGUCGUAUGCGAGGGUUGUCAAACAACAUUAAUUUUGCUCAAGAGUAAGGAACCUUUACUUUUGAAAAAGUCAUUUAGAAAUUUUGAAAAGAGUUGAAUACCAGGUUUAAAUAUCCAAUUUAAUAAAUUAAUUUAAUUAAUUAAAUAAAUUAAUUAUUAAAAUUAAAUUAAAUUUUGAUAUUAUUCUCGUGGAUAUUAUUGAAAAGAAGUUUUCAACUCUAAUCACUUUUUGUCAAUAACAAUGCUCUUGAGCAAGUAUUUUACAUUUUAGAGUAUGCAGAACUUCUUAUAAACAACAACUUCUUUUCGUAAAACUAAUAAUAAAAAAUUUCUUCAUAUAGUGCUAAUUUAUCACUUGUAAUUUGAGAAUUGGCAAACUGAUGCCCAAAGCAAGCGAAAUAUGGUUUGAUUUAUUGAGUGACGUAUGACGUACGCAAGAAAGUACUUCAGAACCGUUUAUUUAAUAUAAACACAAAAUUAGUUGCAAAUAAUGCAUUUUUAGCGUUGAACGGCAGAAAAAUAUAAAUAUUUUAAUUUAUAUUUUGCUGCUUUAAAAUAUGAAGGCUGUAAUGCAUAGAAAAACUUGAUUUUUGUAGAGAUGAGCCAAAACAAGAAUUUUCUGGCAGAAAUUAUUUUUUAGAAUUAAAUGAAAAAAAAAUUGUUUUUUUCAUAAAUAUCUUAAUAAUCUGUGUAAAACCUCAGAACCGUGGUUGUUUACUUUAUGCAAAAUUCAAAUGAUAAAUAAUUAUUCCUAUAAAAAUGCGCAUUUUUCAACUGAUAUCGAAAUGGUUUUUGUUAAUUUAUGCAUUAAAAAACAAAAUUUUUCAUAACUUCAUUUCCAUUUCCAAAACACUCGUAUGCUAUUCUUUGUGAAAAAGAGAAAUAUUUAUUGGGCAUGUUGACAAAUCGAUUGUGAUGGCGACGUUUAUAUUCCAAACGUUUUUUUUUAUUAAACAACGAAAGGGUUUUAAUAUUUAGUGGCGCUAAUAAUAAUUAUUAGCGCUGAAAAAUCGUGACUAUUUUAAAGCUUUGUGUCGCAAGCGAUAGCUUAAUUUUUAAAAAUACCUAUUAUAGCUUGGUGGCGCCUAAAUAUUUCUAUUUGUAAUUAUUGUAAAUCUUGUAGUCUAAUAAACUUUUGCCACAUCUGACAAACAGUGUAUAAAAAGUUGUGCUCCAAUAGUUUUUUUUUAAUCUCAGAUGUAUACAAUUCCAUAUACUCGUACUGUAUAGGAGUCGAUCACGGAAUAUAGAUAUUCAUUGUUAACUGAAGAUUUUUUUUCGUGAUUUUCAUAGAAACGGUUCUGAAGUAAUGUGCUCGCCGCUACUACAAAAACUUUUCUAGCUCAAAUUGAUAAACGCCUGAUAGGGGUUGCCCAUUAACCUAAUCAGCAUCUACGCUUCACGUUAUGAAAUACUUUAGUUGGGCGAAAAUCACAUGCAAAUUUUUUUUUAAUUUCUUUUUCUGUCCGAAAACCGAAUAAUCCAUUGUGGUGCUUGCGGAAUAUUUCUUUGCCAGACGACCAGUAGAAACAACAAUAAUUGUAAAUUACAUAAUGACUAGUUUUCAUAAUAUAUUGCACAAGUUUAGAUAUAAUUAUAUCAAAAUAGGAUCGAGAACGGGAUCAUACCGUUCUGGUGAUCUCGGAACAGUUUUGAUAACGCAUAAUGUUCCUUAGGAGUGACGGUGUCACGCUUUUAGAACUUGUAAAAAUUUUCGAACGACUAUUUUGUAUCGAUUCUGAUCGCGCCCUUUUGCGAACCAGAAAACGUUUAAGGGUGUAGAGGGACGGUGUACAGAAUAUUUUUCCUUUGGAAGACUAAUCGGUCCAGAAGAAAAUGGCUAUUUCUAUAACCGCAUGCAGCGGUGUUUGGGUGAGAUUGCUACGUAUGGUAAACUAUGGGAUAUAGAUAUCGAGAGAGUUUUUUAAAGAUAUGUUGAUAACUUUUUAAGUGUUCUGCAAAUAUGUGGACAUAUCAUAAAUGUGUUAAAUAGAUUUUAGUCUGCCAGAGUAUAUAUUUGUGCUUGAAUUUUACGGAUAUCUACCUGUGUAUCUCAUUUGGAAUGACCGCUCGAUUUCGGCAUCAACCGAUGAAUAGGGUUAUAAAGAUAAAUUCUUAUUAAUAUUCUGAUAUUUUUGUGAACUGGCUGGGGCCGAUCGGUCAUUACGAAUGGGUUGCGGGAUCUCGAAAGAACGUUCCAAAAUGCAGCGAAUUACCGUAAUUUCGUAAGAUUAAUAUUUUAGGCUUUCAAAAUAUUCGAGGAGUAAUUCGUAUCAACAUGAUAAAGAUAUCCUGUGGUCGCGCAGCUGAACGUCCGGUGUUAAUUGAAAAUAGCUUUAUUUAUAAGAUCUUCCAAUUUUUCAACAAAAAAAUAUAUAUGGCUUAAUUAAAAACGGGGUAAUUACAUUUAGUUUUUAACGUUGAAAGCCUAAUUGAAUACAGAAAACAGCGAAAUACAUUUUAGUUUGUUUCCUAUGAUUUUUCAGGGCGGAACAGGUCCGAUUCCAAUUUGGACGGAUUCUCUCAUAUAUUUUGUGACACGUUUUUCUUCACUAUACCCAAUUUAAUUCGUCGAACGGUACCAAUAUCUGACCCGCCCUGUACAAGAACGUGUUCUCAGUUAUGUGAUAAAGAAAAAGCAUAUAAUAAUUACUAAAAUGUAGUCAAUUGUUUUAAUCAGUGUCUAACGACGAACUAAUAUUAGGUUUAAGUGUUUUUCAUUAAGAUUACCGUUGCGUUAUGAUUUUGAUAUAGUUUUUAAAACCUGCGCUACAUAUAGGUAGUUGGGCUUGGUCUAUUAGGUCUUGAUUAUUAUUUAAAGAAUAUUGUAAAGUAUAAAGAACGAUUAUUAUAACACACCUAGAAAUUGUUGUAGGCCUUUGGCUGUACCUAAUUAUUAUUGAUUGAUUGAGUGGAAUUAAAUAAAUGAAAUGCUUGUACAAA